UAUCUUCCUUGUUCUACUCAGAAACUUGGCAUGGGUGACAAGAGAGGAGACAACCACUCAGAAGUGACUGACUUCAUUCUUGUAGGCAUCAGGGUCCAACCAGAGUUCCACAGUCUUCUUUUCCUACUAUUCCUCAUUGUUUAUGGGAUGGUCCUCCUGGGAAACCUCAGCAUCAUUGGCAUCAUUGUGACUGAUCCCCGGCUCAACACACCAAUGUAUUUCUUCCUAGGCAACCUUUCUGUCAUCGAUCUCUCCUACUGCACUGUUAUUGUACCCAAAGCCAUGGUCAACAUCCUAGCUCAGAAAAAGACCAUAUCCUUUGCAGGUUGUGUGGCUCAGCUGUUUCUUUAUGCACUUUUCAUGGUAACGGAGGCAUUUGUCCUGGCAGCCAUGGCCUAUGACCGUUUUAUUGCCAUCUGCAAUCCACUUCUCUAUACUGUCCGCAUGUCAAGAAGCCUCUGUAUACAGUUGGUGGCUGGUUCCUAUCUCUGUGGCUGGGUCAGUUCCAUCCUUCAAAUUUGCGUGACAUUCUCAAUGUCUUUCUGUGCCUCCCGAGUCAUUGAUCACUUCUACUGUGAUUCAAACCCAAUUGAGAAGAUCUCCUGUUCUAAUACCUUUAUGAAUAAGAUGGUGUCACUUAGUUUAGCUGUCAUCAUUAUUUUGCCCACAAUAGUUGUUAUUGUAGUGUCUUACAUGUAUAUUGUAAGUACUGUCUUGAAGAUCCGCUCCAGCGAAGGGAGGAAGAAAGCCUUCUCAACUUGCAGCUCUCACCUGGGGGUUGUAAGUUUGCUCUACGGGACUGUCUCCUUUGUCUAUCUCACACCUCCAAACAAUCCCGAACUUCGUAAAGUGGCUUCAGUAUGUUAUAUUUUGUUCACACCUAUGCUGAACCCUUUAAUCUACUCUCUAAGAAAUAAAGAUGUUAAAAAUGCCGUGCAAAAAGUCCUAGGGAAGAAAAACAUUUUACUCUAA